AUGGCUGUUGUUUGUGUUGUAUGGGCUGAUGUGGAAGGAGCCCCUACUGAUGGUAAAAAUCAGCUUGUGGGUGAUAUGCUUUGCUUAGCUGGGUCCUUGCUUUACGCAAUGGUCACUGUUUUGCAAGAAAUGAUGCUCAGUGAACAAUCUUGCUCAGAAUAUUUGGCCCUGUUGGGAUUUAUUGGAGGUGUGGUUGCAUGCACACAGACAUUUUUUCUUGAAUUUAGCGAGCUACACACUUUCAACUGGUAUGAGCUGGAAACAGUGGUGCAGUUAGGAAGCUACUGUGGACUGCAAACUGUGUUCCAAAUUCUACAGAGCUUCAUGCUUAGGGAUGCGGGAUCAAUUGUACUGCACCUAUCAUUUCUUUCGGCGGAUUAUUACACCCUCAUUGCAGGAAUGUACAUAUUUCAGUUCAAGUUUCAUGCAUUGUACUUCUUGUCGUAUUUGCUCGCAAUGAUAGGAGUGUUUCUAUUCACUGCAAGGUCGACACGUCCGCCGUCGUGCCCAGAAGUUUUGCCGCAACUUGUAAACAAUGCCGUUCACUCUCAAGAUAAUGUAUCAUUGGAAUACACUGUGCCAACACUGGAUUGUAUACCUAUAGAGGGCUUGGAGCCGCCAAUGAGCAGAGACACGACAUUCACGUCGUUCCUUGGAGGCCCACAAAACAGUAUACCCAAUGGUAACAUAAUUUCGGAACAAACAACUGCAACACAAAAUACUACUAAGGACUCCUCUUAA